AUGCAGAUUACUUCCAUCGCCCUCUUCCUUCUCACUGCCACCGGCGCCGUCGCCGCCGCCACCCCUGAGCAGUUUGAUGCCCGAGAUGGACUCAGCGCCCAGAUCAAGUACCACGGAAUUUGCACCAAGGCCAAGAACGAAUGCAAGUUCAAGGGCCAGAACGGCAGGGAUACGUUUGUCAAGUGCCCCAACUUUGCCAACAAGAGAUGCACCAAGGACCACAACGAAUGUUCGUACGACAGCGUCAGCCGAGCUGUGGUGUGCCACUAG